AGGUAUAGUCUCACUCGCGCUUGCGACCGGCGAUGGUUCACUCACUAAAAUAUCAUCCACGUGAAGUGUGUGACUGUGCUGUUUUUACUUUUUAUAGUAGAUAUUGUUAAUAUUUAGCGAAUUUCGAUGUUUGUGCGUCCCAUUUCGUCCGCCCUACACUUUAUUCUAUAGACUUUAUUCCACUUUAUUCGGCAUGGAUGUGACGCGGCCGACAAUAUGAAAGCUGACAAUAUUAGAAUACAUUUGACUAUCGCCACAUGUAUUUUCUUUGUGUCGUGGACAUCUGCCAUUGACAUUCCAGAUGAAGAUCUUAACAACACAAAUAAGUCGAUCGCAGACGAUUAUGAAACCACUGCGCUUUUGGACGAUGACGAGGACGACGAAGAUGUCAAGUCUGCGGAUUACCCAACAAAGCCGAACACUAAAAGGUUCAACGCUGGUGUUAUUAAGAGGACUGAAACGGAAUUGACAUGUCGAAGAACGUUCGAGUACGACGGCCAAACGUUGUCGCACUGUUACAACGACUCGCACUGCAAGCUGUACGGCGACUGUUGCCGGGACAGUAAGUUCUACGGCGAGCCAGAGCAGACCGUGGCCAUCACAGGCAGCGUGUACAACAACAGCCGGUACGGGUGUUACAACAAGCACGGCCUGUCCGCGGAACAAGCGCUGUUGAUCGGCAGGUGUCCGCGGGUGUCGUCUCCAGCAGCUGCAGAUCGCGAAUUGCGCGACAAGUGCGAAUGGCGCGACGACGAUUUCAUAUCCGCCUACCCCGUGUCGAGCAGUGACGGCGGACACGCAUAUUACAAGAACGUCUGGUGCGCUUUGUGCCACGGCGAACGUCGGCAGGUCGUCUACUGGAAACCACGAUUCGUGUGUUACGGAAACGGCGGCCGGGUGUUGCCGCUGCAGGUUCAGCUGGAGAACGCGUCCGACCACACCCUGUUGUAUCGAGACGGCCAGUGGUACUACGCCGACUACAAAAACCGGACGUUAUCCCCGUGCGACUACCGGAUCCGGCCACCGGAAGCGACCGCCGCCCCACCGUUGCGGCCUUGCGUCGCCGAGAGGUUCGCCGGGAUCGUGGACGGCUGUCCGGCCGGCACGCCAACCGCCAUGGCCUCGGCGUGUGCGUCGCACACCUACACGCUUUUCGAGUACCAACCAAGCGGCGACCGCGAUAGGCGCGUGUUCCGAAACGCCGACUGCGCCCGGUGCAACGGCUUGACCACAAACCAGUUGACGUGCGAACCGCCACCGCCGCCGUUACGCAGCGGUGUGGUAGGGUUCGCGUCGCUGUUCGCGGUCAGUGAAGCCGGCAAACUGCGCGACCUGUGUCCCCCAGACGAGAUAUACGACGUGCCCUCGGUCAAGUGCAGGAACGUGAUCCGGGAACAGCUGUCGGGCGCUUGCUUGACGUUCGUGACGUACGGCCAAGGCGAAUACGACGGACGGACCGUGGGCAACGGGACGGCGUACGUGUAUGCGUACAAAAAACGAGUCCGAUACAGGACGGGAGACCGCCCGACGGGCGCCGGGUCUCUGCUGCAGGUGUGCACCGAGGACGCGGACGGGCUGCUCAAACCGUACCAGCAAUCAGCGUACGCGGUGUAUCUGUCGUACGCGGGCGUGGUUGGAUCGUGCGUGUCCGCCGUCUCGCUGGUCGCGCAUCUCGUGCUGUUUGGGUUCUGUGGGUGUUGUGCGGGCGCCGAGCCCAAGAACCUGCCCGAAAAGAACCUGGCCAGUCUGUCCGCCGGUUUGCUGUUGGGCUACGUGGGCUACCUGUCCGUGGCACUGCGAGACGUGUCCCCCGGCGGCGGUCUGCCGUGCCUGGUGUCCGCGCUCACUACCCAGUUCGGUUUCCUGGCCGCUUUCGCGUGGAUGUUCGUCAUGUCGGCCGACGUGUGGAUCGUGCUGCACGCGUCCACAAAGAAACUGCGGGUGGCCGGCGGCCAGCGCCACGGCCGGUUCAUCGUCUACUCGAUGUUUGCGUGGCUCGCGCCAGCCGCGCUCACUGCACUGGCCGCCACCAUGCAACUGCAGUUGGCCGGUGGCGCGCUGUUCCCCGAGCUCCGGCCCAACUUCCAUUACGACUGCUGGUUCCGGAACCCGCAGUCGCUGGUCGCACUGUUCGUGCUGCCGGCCGGAACUGCGAUCGCCGCCAACUACGUGUCGUUCUUCGGCGCCGUCCGGCUGAUCGCCACUUCCGACGACGGGUUCAAGACGUCCGGCAGCGGGAGGGGCGGCUGCAGCAACGCGACCACCGUCAACCGGACGCGCAGGAACCUCAAGAUCUACGUGCGGCUGUCGCUGAUGAUGGGCCUGGCGUGGGUGUUCGCGCUGGUCGGCGCGGUCACCGACAGCGACGUUGCGUGGACGCUCAACACGGCCCUCAACUCGCUGCAGGGCGCGUUCAUAUUCGUCGCGUUCGACUGCAACCGGAUCACCGUGCAGAAGUUGGCAGUGUUCCGCAAACAACCGUCCGUGUCCGAGACGCAGACCACCACAGCGGCCACACCGCUCAGCGCUUCCACCUAGCGGACGUCCGGCCACAGUAUUUCCCAACACUUAAUAUUAAUAUCGUGUUUUGCGUGGGACCCGCGGUGUAGUGUGUACUUUUGUUACUGUGUAGACGUAUUUUUGACACUAUUGAGUACACGAUGGUAGUAGAUAUAUUUUAUUUUAUUAUGUUUUAUCAUAUUUUACUAUUUUUUAUUAUAUUUUAUUACAUUAUAUUAUACAUUUAUAUGUCGCCGCUUUUGAACAUCGACCACGCAACCCUCGCUGAUAUUUCCCACCGCUAUUUGUUCGCAAUUUGAUUUAUUGUAAUCACGGAGGUUUGAAUGUCACUUUUAACUAUUUUUGUAUGUUAGUAAGUUUUAUUGUUCUACUCUAUAAUCCCAAUUAUAUGCUAUUUUUUUUUUUUUGAGGUAUAAGAAAUACGUUUUACUUUUUAUAUUAUCUAUAAUAACUAACCAUAGAAUAUUAUAAUAUUGUAUUAUUAGUAAUUAUAAGAUUGAUAAUGAUUGUUACUUACCAGUUGGCAAUUUCAUCUUAUCUUAUCCAUUCCAUCAUUCAUAAAAAUAAAUGAUUUUUUUCUUUAUUUUAUGUACAAAAUACAAAAUAUUAUGCCCACGAGCACAGCUGUAUAAGAAAUACUCUGUAUCUAUGUGCUUUAGCCAAAUUAUUGAACAUGAACGGCUUGACUCCCACCCAUUGGCCAUAGGUAACACUACUUACAGUACAAUUGUACUUCAUAUUUGUUUUUAUUUAUGUAUUUAUUAGUUGCACAAAUUUUUACACUAUUUUCGCUUCAAGCGUCCAGCUAGUGGAUUACUAGGAAUUAAGUUGAAGUUUUGGGUUAAGAUGUUAGACAUUAGAAUGAGUGCCACUGUCACAGCAGCCAAGGAGCAUCGUUUUAAUAAAAAAACUUUAUUUUUUAAUAUUUAAGAAUUCAGCAAUGUUACUUUUUUUAUAUAAUUGUAGUAGCUUAGUAAACUUAGGAAAUAAGAAAUAUGACUGUACUUAUGUAAUAUGCUUACACACAAUUAUAUUUAUAAAACAAUUUUAACAUCGAUACAUCAUUAAAAUUAUUAAUAUUUAA